AUGAGGUUGAGAUGCAGAUCAAAUGGGGAAGAGUACCCACCAUAUGUGCCACCAUGCCAUCAAUGCCCUGGAGCCUCAAGCUAUAUCAGCAGAUCUCUGCUAAUCAUCAAAUUGAAACAACAAUCCCAAAAAAUUCUUUUGUUUGUUUAUAUUCCAUUCUACACUGUAAUUCAAGUUCCAGAGGAUGUACUCAGAAGCAUAACUGAUGCAGUUCUGAGGAGAUUACUGGAGAUGAUGAAGCAUGAAGUGGAUGUUGGAUUGAUCUCAGACUAUGCCAACUUCAGAAGAGGGAAAUUGAUGAAACUUGGAGCUGCUGCAACAACUAAUGAGCUCAGGAAGGUUCAUGGAUGA